AUGGUAUUAAUACUGGCCUUUGACGGCCGUCUAGGCUUGAUGAUUCUCCCGCAUCUUCCCUCAAGCCCGGGUCACCGCAAACCAUCCUCUUUCACACCAACCGAUGUCCACGCAAUAUUUUGGCAGUCUUCAUCUGCCCUGAGGUAUCUCCACAACAAGAAGGCUCACCAUAACGACAUUGAGCCGGCAAACAUCACCUAUUCGCCUUCCCGCGGUGUCACGUUGAUAAAUUUCGGGCUAGCCACAAACGCUGAUGAACAGAUGAUGACGGGAGGUACUCCAUGGACGAUUACCCCUUCCGGAGAAAACGACGAAAGUUUGGCUUAUCCGCGCUGUGGUAGAACAAAGGAGGUGAUGCUCGGGGACAGACGAUAG